GACACGGCUAUACAGACAUCUCUGUCGUUGGCUAGCGUGGGUCUGUGCGAAGUGGUCAUAGGAGCACGUCUCCCUGGGGGGCAUCUCAAGAGUGCAGCGCUUGCGUGAGUAACGUUCUAAUUCCCUUUCUCGGUCCGUUUUCGGGCAAUGGAAUCUCUCACGGUUGCUCUGUUCCUGCGCCCUUUUUUAACCACAACCGCUGCCCCAAGAAAAUGAAAAUGGAAAGAGAAGCAGAGCAUAAUAGAAAAAGGAAAGAAAACAGAGCUUUAAAGCAGAGCAGCCUUACUCAUCUUCCUCUCUCCAAGAUUUCAUUUUGAGAACCAGGAUUGGUAGCAUAGUCUUCCUCUCUCUCCCCUCCUGGUUCCAUAGUUUAGGACAAGCUGGAGGAUUUUGGGAGUUCGAGUAGCUUUGGUGGGAGGAAAAGAGGAAAGGAGACAGCUUUCCUCUGUUACGAAACAGAGCUUUGUUGUGUUGUCCCGGUGCAUCUGGCCGUCUUCUGAGAAGGACUCCAAAGAAGAAGUCAUAUGGAAAAAGAUUAUAAAAACAAACCAGAUGCCUGUCCUCAGCUCCUUGAUUUGAUUCCAAAGGAGAGAGACUGGAUGGUGAGAGUCUCGGGAGGAGGAGGAUGUGGAAGUGGUUCAAAAGUUUCCGAGGAGAGAAAGCUAGAGCUGAGGCUUGGUCCUCCUGGAGGAGAAGAGGAGUCCUCUGUUCUAUCUCUUGGAUACUUUUCCAAGGCCUCAAAGACUACCAAUCCGUGUGCUGGAGCCAAAAGGGGAUUUUUAGACACAGUUGAGUCCAAAACAGAAGAUCCUCAUCAGCAGCAGAGUGGGUUCUUUCAGCUACAUAGCAGAGGUGGCUUGGGACAGGAAUUAUCACAGAGAACAAAUCGCAACGUAGAGCAGCAGCCGCAGCAGCAGAGCCUUGAGAGGAAGGCAUGCAGUUCAUUACCACCAGUACAUGCUGCUCCUGGGAGAAAAGCUGGAGCGAACAACACCUCUCAAACAAGAAACAGAACUACCUCUCCGGCUGUGGUUGGGUGGCCUCCUAUCCGUUCGUUCAGGAAAAAUCUGGCAAGCAGCUCUUCUAAACCAACAUUUCAAUCACAGAAUGGGAACUCAGAGACUAGACCAAAGCUUGAGAACUGCAGGAAGGGUUUAUUUGUGAAAAUUAACAUGGAUGGGAUCCCGAUAGGAAGGAAAAUAGAUUUGAAGGCCUAUGAUGGCUACGAGAAGCUCUCUUCAGCUGUAGAAGAGCUCUUCCAAGGCCUUCUUGCAGCUCAAAGGGAUCCUUCUACAGCUGAGACCCAGAAGGAUGCAGAAGAAAGAAAAGCAUUUACAGGCUUAUUAGAUGGGACUGGUGAAUAUACCUUGGUUUAUGAAGACAAUGAAGGAGACAGAAUGCUGGUUGGGGAUGUUCCUUGGGACAUGUUUGUCUCUGCUGUUAAGAGGUUGAGGGUGCUGAAGAGUUCCGAUCUUUCUGUGCUAUCUUUGGGAGCAGUCUGCCGGAAAAGAACUGCGACAGAGUGUUGAAGGAAGGAAGAGAGGGAAUAUAUAUUAGCAGCGAUGCGAUAGCAGGUCACCUGUAAAUCCAUUUAGUGAAAAGCCAACGUCUGUUUUUAUGAUUAUCCUUUUUCUGUUUCAAUGAUGCAAAAGCAUGCAGCUCUUUUGAUCAUGAUAACCCCCUUUCUCCAUGACUUAAAAAUAGAGAUUCUUAGCUAUGAAUCUUGACUCUUCUUCAAGUUAUGAAAGGUUCUUCAAUGGUUUGGUUGA